AUGAUGACCUCUUUCACCACCCUCUUGUCCGCUCUCCUCGUCGCCGCCUCUUCUGCGGUCGCUGCCCCGGCGUCCCCCCUCGAGCUGAUCGUCUUCAGCCCCACCAUCACCGGACCUACCGCUGGCGCAAUCUGGACGUCGGGCUCCAGCCAGACCGUCACCUGGGACACUUCCAACAUCCCCGCUGAGAAGGAGAACUCUACUGGUCUCUUGUUGCUGGGUCGCCUCCAGAACAACAGUGAGAACCUCGACAUCGCCCACCCCCUUGCUGUUGACUUCCCCAUCAAGGACGGCUCCGUCAACAUCACCGUUCCCAACGAGCCUUUCGGCAUGGACUACAUCGUUGUUUUGUUCGGUGACUCUGGCAACAAGUCUCCAGAGUUCACGAUCAUCGGUGGCCAGUAA